AUGGGUUUACAAGCGGUCUACGAGAAAUUUCUCCAGAGUCCUACACCUGCGGCUUUGGCAGACAAUGCAACGUUGCAAUAUGUGACCACCCUCACCAGCUUUGCAGGAGGCAGCAGGAUAAUUCAGCAUUUGCAUGAACAGGGUCAGAAUGUGGUUAGGAAGAAGAGCGAAAACCCCAUCAGUGGAGUGGAGGGUUUGACUGCAGUUGCACUCGUUGUCGAGACUACUCUGGUCUUCGUCUCGAGUGGAGGAGCAUAUUUGCCUGGUCUCGACACCUUUAUCAUUGACAAAGUUGCUGUUCUACCGAUAACACACUUCGUACACUUCAACCAGGACGACAAGAUUACUCAGAUACGGCUUAGUUGGGAUCAAGGGGAUUUGCUCAAGCAGGCCGAGGUCAUUGGUACAAGAGGGAGGAACUGGCCUGUUUAUGAUGGCAAAGAGCAGAUCAAGAUGGUUACUGCCAGCACAAGUACAGCUAACGCGGUCAACCCAGCCCCAACCCUGAGUCCACGAGGAAGAGAUAAUAGAUCUACAAAUGGUAAUGACCGCAGUACCAGCCCAACCAAGAAGUACAUUCGAGACCCGCACGCCAGCCUUGAUCUGUCAAAGGUCCCGGAAGAGGAUCGGUAUUCUGCCCCGAAUCCAGUGGCUCCUCGAGAAUCACAUAAACCACCCCCACGAGAGAUGAGUGACUUGUUUGCUGCCGGACACGAGGACUACCAACCGACUGGUCUCAGUGGUUCUCCGAAGAAGGUCGUCAAGAGUAAUGUUGUAGCUCCGAAAGGUGCAGGCCACCAGAAGUAUCAGCAGUCUCGUAUCUUCGACGAAGAUGAAGCACCUUCAAAGGAACCAAAAAUAUAUAAAACCAAUCCUGCACGGUACAAUCACUUCGAUAUUGGUGAUGCUAACGAUAACGACCAUUUCCAGCAUCGGGACGAAAACACAAAGCCACGAGAUAUCCCAAUUCGUUCUGAUAUGCCCGGUCGCUCUAUCAAGAAAGGUCAGCAUGUCCCACAGUGGGAUUUCGAAGAUUUUGUUACACCAGAGAAGGUGAAGCAGAAGACCAGAGAUCAAGAUGUUGUUCACUUCAGCUAUGGGGAUGAGCAACCUCAGGCUGACUCUCAAACCCAGCAACCUGGAAAAGCUCGUAAGGAUGCAGAGGCUCACUUCGAGUUCCAAGACAACGGUACCCCUGUCUACCAACCGAAUGUGCCAAAGCCCCGAAAGGAUGCCAAUGCGCACUUCGACUUUACAGAUGAGCCAACACCAGGUCCAAGGAGGAUUAUUGCGAGGACAGAAGCCGCAAACAAGCUGUAUGCUGACCCCGUAUUUCCUGAUGAAGAAGAAGAGCAGCGACCACUCGCUACCAAGUCGCAGAACACACGCACGAAUGUCGCCAGUCGAUGGCAAGAGAGUGACGACAGUAUUACACAGAAGCAACAAACGGCUCGGGGAGGUGGCCCGCGUGGUCGUCGUGAUGCAGACAAGAGCUUUUGGGACUUCUAA